AACAAAGCAAAGCAAAGCGAUCUACAAGACAAAGACAAAUUAAAACAAAAAAUGGGCAUCAAAAAUGUUGUUUCUCUUGAUCCUCUCCUCCCUAUGAUCUCAAUUGUUAUAGUUUGUGUGUUGCUUUCAACCCAACAUUGUGCAGCAGCAACUGCAAACAAGAAUGGCGAGUCGCUGAUAAACAAAACAUGCAAACAGACAGAGUUUCCGGAUGUUUGCAGGUCAACCUUGGAGUCGGACCCUCGGAGCUCAAAUGCAGUUGAUGUGAGGGGACUGUCCAGGAUAGGUUUGGAGCUGGUGUUUAGUAAAGGUCAAGAAACAGUAAAGGUGGCCUACGACCUGGUGAUCAAGAGUACUGACUAUGAUACUUGGUCACGCCGCGCGGGAUGCAUGAGUUCCUAUAAUAUGAGCAUCCAUAAUGUCAAGGAGAAGGGUCUCUCCAAUUUUGACGCAAGGAGGUAUAAAAAUGCGUAUCAAAUUCUGGAAGAUGCUUGGGGAGAAAUACAUUAUUGCGGUACGCUUAACGUGCCGGAGCUUGCUGAAAGGAAUACGAUGAUGACACAGUUUCUCGCUGCUUUGAAGGCCAUUCUCCAUCUUCUUUUCUAAUUGUUGGCGCGCGUCUUAAUUUGCAGCCAACUUAGCAACUACGAUUGCUAGCUGCUCCUGAUGUCCUAAUUGUUCUUUGUCAAUAACAAUAUUAUAAUAAAUUUCUACUACUUUAUUAUUUGUUAA